AUGGCGAAAAGGUAUUUCUUAGUGUUGCAUUGGUAUAUCCUUGGGACUUUAGGGGAUUUGCAAGAGGUUCUGCGUCGAGAAUGUUUCUUAAGGCCCCCGACCAAUUAUUCCAAAUCUCUCCCGGCAAAAAUUAGUAAUGAAAAAGGUCAAAGAGAACCUCUGGAGGUAUUUUUCACAUUCGGUGGGUCUGAGAUAGAAUACAUCAAGGAAGAGAAUCAAAGAAUCUAUAUGAGCAUUGUGUACGAGGAAAAAUGGAGCGAUCCAAGGAUCUUUGACUUAGAGGAAAAUAAAGGAUGCUGGGGCAAGGUUCCAUUGAAGUAUUUACGAGACAACUUUUGGACUCCAGCAUUGGUUCAUUGGAAUGCGCGUAAACACUCAAGUAUAAAUACAAUGAUGGAUGACAAUUUGGGGUACGCCUUGGUGACCCCAGACAACUACCUUAUCUACAGUGUUGCCCUAACGGUGGAGGUAAAUUGCAAGUUUCAAUUUGACCAAUUUCCAUUUGACCACCAUGAUUGUCCGUAUUUGGUCACAAAUUGGUUUGACACAACCGAUUAUGUUGUGUUAAAGGGAAACAUGGUGAACCAAACAAAAGGAAAAGAGUUAUGGGUGGAAACGACUCAAGUCUACGAGGUUGAGGUGACUCUUUUGGAAGAUUCCGUUCGAUUUGAUGGAUUCAGUACCCCUCCAAGAAAUUUGAGCGUUACCGGGAAAAACUACCAUUUCCGUCGAAUGUUGUUCCCUUACAUUACGACAUUCUUCGCACCCAUGGUCAUUGUGGUAUACCUUUCCAUGAUUAGUUUCUGGAUACCUGUGGAGAUUGUGCCUGGUCGAAUGUCUAUGUUGGUGACCUUAUUUCUAACCUCCGUCAACCUUGGGAUUUCCAACCAGGCCAACGCUCCUCCGAGUAAUAAGGUUGGUGCUGUGGACUUGUGGAAUUUCAUCAUAUUUGGCACGCACAACGGGAUCAUUUGGGAAUAUGCUUACCUCCUAUUCUCUCGAUUUAAGUUUUGCAAGGCCAACAAAGGGAUUGCAAACGAUUCCAAAUACUCGGAAGCUAUGAGAGAGUUUACCCUCUGGACCAAUAGAGUCGAUACAAUUUCAUUUUGGAUCUGUUUCAUUACAUUUCCAUUCUUACUAAUUGUUUAUUUCAGUUUGAAUAUCAAAUAGGAUGACUUUAAAUUGGAAGUGAAUCAUGUUUGUCUGACAUCAAACCAAUUUCGAAUGAAGUCUGAUACGGUGAAGUUGUCUACAGCGAGGGUAUUUGUGGCAAUAAAAAGGGCGAAUAAGUUUGUAAUCAUACAAAGUGUAUUUCAAUACCAAUUAAGUUGGCAUUUGAUAAAGCCAUAAAAUGGCGGAAAACGCAGCAUAUGAAAUUAUCCCUUUCCUCGGUAUUGAGAGUUACUAUAAUAUUUAUUUAUUUAUUUAUCUAAACCUCCACUGUCCCUUUUUAGCGCACUAAUAAGAUGUGUUCAAAUUAGAAGUGUGCCACUCAUUUUUGGUCCAGGACCAUCAGCAUGAAAUUAAAAAGUCUACGAAUGGGGUUGUGAAUGAAACGCAAAAACAUGUCGGGACAUCGCACUAAACGGCAAGAUUUCCUUUAAAAACUUUUUAAAACAGAGGACUGCAUUUUAAUAUUGCUAUUAUUGAUGCUUUAGGAAUUGGUAAUCUUCAACGAGAUGCAAAUUAAACACAUCUACGAGUAGAUUCGGCCUUUUACGAUCCAAAGUUGACGGAAGUAUCCAAAUAAAAGUAGCACAUGGCAUUUUUAAAUGACGAUAUGACUCAUUUUUAGAUAACUAUUAGGAU